AUGGAGGCCGAGAUUAAGGCCGCCAUUCCCAACAUUGACCCCGUGAUCUCGGAGUACUCGGUGGGCUACUUGAACCAUGCCUCUUUGGCGUGGUCCGACGAGAGUGGCGAAGGCGCAGAAGUCGUGUCGCCGCUUGCCGAAGCCGCACACACCGUCACCGAGCUGCUGAUCUCGGCGUCUGAUCAAUCCGACAAUAACCUGCAGGACAAGAUCAAGGCGCUCGUUGAGAAAUGGGUCGAAAAGUAUGCCGUAGCCAACGGCGGCGAACGCCACGGGCCGCUGGCCAUUCGUCGCCUGGACCAGACCAUUCAGGUCAGCACGCAGCGCAACAUGUCGUCUACGUUGGCCGUCGCCAGUGGUGGCGUCGAUCUCGAGUCCGCCAACGCCCGCAAAGUCGAGUCCAAAGUCGAUCGCAAGAAGCUCGAAAAGGCCGAGCGCAAGAUUGCUGUCAAGCAGCAGAAGAAGCAGUACAAGAACGUUGAAUACGAGGCAUCCAAGCUGCUCGACCAGAUCGACGACGCCCAGUCGUACGAGGAGUUCUACAUGGCCGUCAACCCGCUCCAGAUUGGCAACGCCGGCGCCAACAAGACCAAGGACAUCAAGCUCGACAACAUCGACGUCUCGAUUGGAGCCCAGCGCAUCCUUACCGAGACCACACUCACACUUGCUUACGGCCAUCGUUAUGGAUUGGUUGGUAAUAACGGUGUGGGUAAAUCCACACUUCUGCGUGCCUUGUCAAGGCGUGAAGUUGCCAUUCCCACACACAUCUCUAUUCUCCACGUCGAACAAGAACUUACCGGAGACGAUACCUCCGCUAUACAAGCCGUCCUUGAUGCCGAUGUUUGGCGCAAGGUGUUGAUGAGAGAACAAGAAGAACUCACAGCUGCGCUGGCUGAGCUAGAAGUCAAGCGUGCGCCUCUUGCCGAUACGUCGGCAGACGCUGCCAAGCUGGAUCUCGAAAAGGAGACCAUGGACACAAAGCUCGGUGACGUACAAGGCAAACUUGCCGAAAUGGAAUCUGACAAGGCCGAGUCUCGCGCUGCCAGUAUUCUUGCUGGUCUCGGCUUCUCCCCCGAGCGCCAACAGUUUGCCACAAAGACCUUUUCUGGUGGUUGGCGUAUGCGUCUGGCUCUCGCGCGAGCCUUGUUCUGCGAGCCUGACCUCCUACUACUCGACGAACCGUCCAACAUGUUGGACGUCCCCUCUAUUACCUUCCUUUCCGAAUACCUUCAAGGCUACCCCAGCACAGUCCUCGUCGUCUCUCACGACAGAGCGUUCCUCAACGAGGUCGCCACCGACAUUAUCCAUCAACACUCUGAGCGUCUUGACUACUACAGAGGAGCCAACUUUGACUCCUUUUACGCCACCCGAGAAGAGCGCAAGAAAAUUGCCAAGAAAGAGUACGAGAACCAGAUGGCGUACCGUGCGCAUCUGCAGGCUUUCAUCGACAAGUUUCGAUACAACGCCGCCAAGUCAUCUGAGGCGCAGUCUCGUAUCAAGAAGCUUGAAAAGCUCCCCGUUCUGGAGGCGCCGGAGGCCGAAUACAAUGUCAAGUUUGUCUUUCCCGAUGUGGAGAAGCUGUCGCCACCCAUUAUUCAAAUGUCCGAAGUCACUUUCGGCUACUCUAAAGAUCACAUUCUGCUACGUAACGUGGACCUAGACGUUCAGCUUGACUCCCGUAUCGGUAUCGUUGGACCCAACGGUGCUGGUAAGACAACUGUCCUGAAAUUGCUCAUCGGUAAGCUGCAAGCGCUGAGUGGUAUCAUCUCGGCCAACUCGCGUCUACGCAUUGGGUUUUUCGCGCAGCAUCACAUCGACGCUCUGGACCUCACGGUCAGCGCCGUGUCCUUCAUGGCGAAGACCUACCCUGGGAAGUCGGACGAGGAAUACCGCCGCCAGCUCGGUGCGUUUGGUAUCACUGGCACGACUGGUCUGCAGAAGAUGGCCCAGCUUUCCGGAGGUCAAAAGUCGAGAGUGGCGUUUGCAUGCCUGGCUCUCACGAACCCGCACAUCCUCGUUCUUGACGAGCCUUCCAAUCAUCUUGAUAUCGAGGCCAUGGACGCACUGGCCGAGGCGCUCACUGCAUUCCAGGGUGGUGUACUCAUGGUUUCCCACGACGUGACGAUGCUGCAAAUGGUGUGCACGUCGCUAUGGGUGUGCGAUGGCGGCACGGUAGAGAAGUUUGACGGCGACGUGAACCAGUACAAGAAGAGGAUUGCAUCUCAGGCUGAUGCCGCUGGAGUUGUGAAGCAGCACUGA